CAAUCUCAAGCAUUCAGGCAACAGUCGCCAUCGCUCUGCCCGCAACCUCCACUUUCUACACUCUGCCUCCCCUUCUCUCCUAUUUGCUCUGAAAUAUGGAGCCGCAUUUCCGAUCCCUCGUCGAACAAGCCCAGACAGGCAACGUCGAUGCCCAACUUGCCGCCGCUAACGCCUUUUUGGAGGCUAAGAUCUAUCCCGAAGCCAUCUCGUGGUUCCAGGCCGCAAUCGAGUCGUCCGACUCGGUUCCGGCCAUGCUCGCGCUGGCCAACCUGCACUUUCAAGGGGCACCGCCGGACGUCAAGAAAAACUACGAGGCGGCGCUCAUGUGGUACCUGAAGGCCGCCCGUCUGGGCGACCCAUGCGCUCAGUUCAACGUCGGCACCUUUUACGAAAACGGCUUCUCUGUCGAGACCGACAAGACCGCCGCCCUCAAAUGGUAUCAACUGGCUGCCGACUCUGGGCUUGCUGCCGGUCAGCACGGCAUGGCCAUGUUGCUGAUGUACUCGUAUCCGGAACUCGAGACGGAGCUCACCGAGGAACAAGCCACAAGGACCGCCUUUGAGCUCUUUCAGAGCGCCAGUAAUCAAGCUCACUUUCCCUCCUACUACGAGCUCGGUCGCUGUUUCGACAAAGGCAAGGGCACCGAACACAACGUCGAGCGCGCAUACAACUACCUCCGACUAGCCGCCGAUUAUCAGGACCCGAUGGGCGUCUUUGCCCUGGGCUGCCUCCAUUGCUUCCCGCCGUAUCUCGACGGCGUUGCUGCAAUGGAGCUCUUUCAGCAGUCCAGCGUCUUUGGAAACUCCAAGGGCACCAACAAUGUGGGAUACAUCCUGGAGCAUGGCAUCGUCGGCGUCGAGCGUGAUAUACCAAAGGCGUUGGAAUGGUAUCGAAAAGCAUACGACGAUGGGCUGGACUAUGCACUGCACGGGAUAGCCGACUGCAGCUACGCCCUCGGCGACUACAAGCACGCCUUCCAGUCCUACAGCGAGCUGGUUGCCAAAGGCGACAUCAACGGAUACAUUGGCCUCGGCAACUGCUACUUUAACGGCCGGGGCGUCGAGCGCAGCGAGAAACUUGCCGUCCAGGCGUACAUGCAGCUGCCCGAGGCCGAGCUUGGCAGCUAUGCCCAGACCAACCUGGCGCGCUGUUAUCUGUACGGACUCGGGGGGCUCGAACAGAACGUUGCCAAGGCCGUCGAUAUGCUCCGACAAGGCCGCGAGGCGAACCACCCGGAUGCCGUCUACUGGCUGGGGCGAGCAUACGAAGCGGGCUUUGUGUCGAUGGUCGAGGGCGGAGGCAACCCUGUUGCCGAGUCCAAGGCGCUAUCCGGCGGUCGCUCGAUCUCGCCACGGACCCACAUCCAGCUCACAUCCUCGACAGCGCCGUCGCUGACCGAAGUUAGCUCCAAGCUCGGCCAGAUGACACUCGAGCCGCCGGCAGACCGCAGCUUCCUGAUGGCGGUGCUGCUAUACCAGGACGCGGCCCUGCGAUUCGACCACGAGCUCUCCAAGAGCCGACUCCGCGAGCUGGGCCAGUACGACCCUUUGCUGUUUGGCGAGUCGGACGACGACGACGACGGCGAUGAGGACGGUAACGGCAACGACGGAGACGACGAAGGCACCGAGAGCCGCUUCAACACCAGCGAAACGACGAGCACGCUGCACUCGGAGAGCGGUGACCAGUAGCAACUGCGCCCCUACAAGAUGGACCCGGCCUGCUGACGACCCAGGGCCGGCAGACCACGAACAACCGACCAUGAGGCCCACGGACAAA